UUCAUUUCAGCAAUGAUAUUAGUCCAAGGACGUUCAAAAAGGAAUCACAACUCAUAUUGCCCGUGUAAACUACCACCCGACUGCCCUCCCCUUUGCGCUAUGUACUGUCAGUACGGAAAUGUCUUGGAUGCGAACGGUUGUGCUAUAUGCCAGUGCAAGGAACCCGAUGCAUGCCCCCCCACUUGCAAAUUGUACUGCCAAUUUGGUAACGUUUUAAACGGGGAUGAUUGCCCUACAUGCGAAUGUAAUCCCGACCCUAAGACUACUCCAAUGCCUAUGAGGACUACUACUAGUGAUGAUGACCACACAAAUGAUGAUAAUGACCGUGAUAACAAUGAUGAUGAUCACGAUAAAGAUGACGGCAAUCCUGACCGUGAUAAUGAUAAAGGUCAUCACGCGGGUCAUCACAAAAAUUAUGAACGGCAUAACAAAAUACAUUAUUAA